CAUUAUGUAGCAAUGCUCAGAUAGUAGUCGAGUAGGUAGUAGUUAAGCAAGCUGGCUAUAUGUAGGUAUAACUAUGAUAGUUAUUCGUAUUCAUCAUUGAAAUGUGUCUCUUUCCUUCAGGGCCCAGGAUGCUAUCCGGAAUGUACAAUUCACAACACCAGUAAAACAUGAUAUUGUCUGGAACAAUUGAAUCAAGGAAAUCAUUAACCUUAAAACAAUUUCAGGCCCAAAAACGUAAGAUGAUAAUAAGAUGCAAGUGACUGAUUUCUACGUCAAAUCGGUUCCAAGUAGUAUGACGCAAAAGCGCUCGGACCAACUUGUAACGAGGCAUAACUAAAGAUUUUAAACAUCGAAGGUUUGCAUGCGCACAUGUAACUUGAUGUAAUUCCAGUUAGAUCGCCAACAGGCCCAACCAAUCCCAUUUGUCCACUUUCCACAUCGUACCACCUUCGAAGUCCUUUCUUCCUAAGCAGCCGAAAGAAAAACCUGACUUUGAUAAGCCGAAACCAAACCACAACCACCCUGUUACAAUUACAAACAACUCAAACCUUUCAGCCAUGGCUUCCAUCAUCGCCCGCCGAGCCUUCGCGCAAAGAGCCCUCUCCCAAAGGGCUUUCUCAACCUCUGCCCGCCGCCUAUCCACCAACCCGGCCCUCAAGGAGGAGACGAAGCGCAACCCCGAGUUAAUGAUUCUCGGAGGUGUCAUGGUUCUAGCUUUGGGUGGUGCCGGUCUUUACUUUGGCCGCUCCCCUACCGGUUCGACCUCCGAAGAAAACGUCGGCAUGGCCAACUCGGGCAUGCCGUGGGAGACCGGCGCGGGUGAUGGCAAGUACCAGUACCACCCCGGUGGCGAUCCGCACGCCGAGCCCAAGGAUGCUCCCAGCGCCGUCAACGUUGUCAUCGUUCCCAACGUGAACUUGCCCAAGGAACUCCACGACAAGUACAACAAAUGGGGCAAGGACGGCUACUAGAUCAAGUCCCUACCUACCUACCUACCUACCUCCCUAUCUAGGUAUCGACCUGACCUGACCUAACCCAAUCGACGAACGAGACAACGUCUAGGACGAUUUCUUAUGUCACCAUGUUGUUUGGUUAAACAAUACAACGCAACAAACCACAAUACACUGCACUGCACUGCACUGCAGACUGUAAGGACAAAUGCAGCAUUUUUUUUGCGCUGGAUGUACAUAUAAAUUAAACC